GCGUAUCAAGUGGGUGUGACUGGGUGACGUUGGUAUAAGGAUCAACCAAUGAAAUGCAUUUGCUGUUAGGCGACUGAAUUGAGAGGUCUUUCUGCUGGAACCAUAAAAGUUGUUUAGCGCUUAGAUCGUGGAAAAUCGAAGACAGGAAGGGAAAGUGAUUAGCGAAAAAUCGCGAACACGUUGUGGCUCCAUGAGUGCCGCGCAUUGCGGUUGGGAAGAUUUGGACUUCAGGGCCAUCUUCGGUGAAGAGACUUUAGAGAACAACGAUUCAGCUGAUAUAGCACCCGAUGACUGUGCUUCGUUUUUCGUCUUCAGCAGAGACCAGGCUAAUUCUUCAGUAAGCCAGCCUGUCUGCAUUCCUCACAAUGAACAUCAAAUGCACAAUUCAACCCUUUCUUCCUGCUUACAAGAUUACAGAACUUAUGAUGGUUCCAAUGAGAUCCCUGAUUAUACGCACAGUUCUUCCUUUGGUCCAAAAUCCUUUGAAUGUCCUAGCAUUCAGAUCACUUCUAUCUCCCCCAGCUGCCACCAAGAUAUUGGAACAUUUGAAGAUGCAGAAAACAAUGGAUCAGAGAGAGAUUACAUGGACAGACCGUUGCGGGACCAUCUCUGCCUGCAUCUUGAGCCCUCCUUUAGAGAGCCAUCUUUAAGUCCGAGUCCUGGCAGCAGCAUAUCUUCCAGGAGCUGGAUUUCUGAUGCUUCAUCUUGUGAGUCUCUCUCACAUAUAUAUGAUGAUUUGGACUCUGAGCUAAAUGAGGCUGCAGCAAGGUUUACUCUGGGAUCUCCACUGACUUCUCCAAGUGGAUCUCCUAGAGAGCAUCCAGUGGAAAAAACAUGGCAUGUCUGUAGUGUCAGUCCAUCACCAAGACAGUCCCCAUGCCACUCCCCCAGAAAUAGCAUAACUGAUGAGAACUGGCUCAGCCCACGCCCCUCUUCAAAACCAUCCUCCAGACCUACUUCCCCUUGUGGGAAAAGACGGCAUUCAAGUGCUGAUAUUUUUCAUUCAGGUUUGGUCUCCCCCCACUAUUCUCCAACACCAUCUCCUGGCCCUUCUCCCAGAGGCAGUAUCACAGAAGAUACUUGGCUUAGUACUUCACCCCAUCCUGUGCCUAGUCUUUCUUUGUAUCCGUGCUGGCAGGAAACUGCAAUUCCCCUGAAAACGAGAAAGACCUCUGAAGACCAUAGUGCCAGAUUAGCAGGAAAGACUGAGCUAAACACAGAGGAUCUGGCUUGUUUGACUCCAGCUGCAGAUGAAAGCUCCUGCUCACAGCACCUACUCAUACAAGAUUCUUCCAAUGAUCAGUUUCUGUCUGUUCCCUCACACUUUACAUGGAACAAGCAUAAAUCAGGGCACACACCUGUAUUUAGGACAUCAUCUUUGCCACCCUUAGAUUCGGCACUGCCCGGCCGUUAUGGGCAGUAUGAACUGAAAGUAGAGUUACAACCAAAGACACAUCACCGAGCUCACUACGAGACAGAGGGCAGCCGUGGAGCUGUAAAAGCUGUCACUGGUGGUCAUCCUAUAGUGAAGCUUAUUGGUUAUACAGAGAAGCCAGUCAAUUUACAGAUGUUUAUUGGAACAGCUGAUGACCGGUAUGUAAGGCCACAUGCCUUUUACCAGAUACAUCGCAUCACCGGCAAAACUGUAGCCACUGCCAGUCAAGAGAUUGUAAUAACCAACACCAAAGUUUUGGAAAUCCCACUGCUUCCAGAAAACAAUAUGACUGCCAGCAUUGAUUGUGCUGGUAUAUUGAAACUGCGAAAUUCAGACAUUGAACUGAGAAAGGGUGAGACUGACAUUGGUAGAAAGAAUACACGUGUUCGCCUGGUGUUCAGAGUACACAUACCCCAAACCGGUGGGAAGGUCCUGUCACUGCAAACAGCUUCUAUUCCCAUUGAAUGUUCACAACGUUCUGCUCAGGAGUUACCACAAGUUGAAAAAUAUAGUAUAAACAGCUGCUCAGUGAAUGGAGGAUUGGAGCUGGUGAUAACAGGUUCCAAUUUCAUGCCAGAUUCAAAGGUGAUCUUCCUAGAGAAAGGACUAGAUGGGUGCACACAUUGGGAAGCAGAAGGAAAGAUUGUAUUGAAAAAAUGUCAGAUGAAUAGCAUAGUUGUGGAAAUACCAGCAUAUCAGAACAAGUCCAUAACAGCAGAUGUCCAAGUGCAGUUUUAUGUGUGUAAUGGGAAAAGAAAAAGAAGCCAGUCUCAAAGAUUGAACUACACUCCAGUUUUAUUGAAGCAUGAAAACUUAGAAGAUGCAGAUCUGCAAGAAGCUACAGCAGUUUCUGUAGCUAAGGGGAGAAGCAUUUCUGAUCUUCGCACGAUUCAUACCAACCUAAUUUUCCAAGACCAAAUAUCCAUUUGUAAAACUCUUAAAUCUCCAUCUCCACCUGGUGUAGGAUGCCCUAAUCAGUCAACAUUUACAUCUUCUCUAAAGCAUGAGGUUCCACAUAUAUUAGAACCAUGCACCAGCUCUUCCCCAUGCACUGCUGACUCUGAAACCAUGGAAAACUAUCCAGUCUCCAUCUAUUCAUCUCUUGAGAAGCAGUCCAUACCUUACCAGUGUUUCAGCUCCGAUAUACCCAUAUUACCAUCAUCAUCUCUUACUGCCAUGCCCCACUGUGGACAACCAUCUUCUCACACUCAUGAUUGCAGGCAAAGGGGUAAUUCCUUGUCUCCUACCAUUACUCGCCACAGACAGAACUCCACUUCAUCCCAUCCCACUGAUAUAUCUCUGGGCAUUAAAUCUGAGCUUGUGGACAGUGAUAUAAACUUUCAGACUACAGACCCGCAGGAUAUCACUUUGGAUGAUGUGGCUGAGAUUAUAAGACGUGACAUGUCUCACUAAGCUGCAAGGAUGCCAGGAAUAUACUAAAAGCCCUUGGAUCACAGCAUUUCUAAAUCAGACGCUGUCUGGAUGGAGAGAACUUGUGAAAAUAACUUCCCCUUUCUAUUUCUGAACAUUUACUUAUGAACCACAGAUUUGUAUACUUCUGGCUCCUAUGUCCCACAAAAUUCAGAGAAUUUGUAUAGUGGAAAUCAUGAGGGCUUAUUUACUAACAUCAGGUACAAAGGCUACCUGCACUUAUGUGCUCCAAUUGCGCCCAUCAGCAUGCAGUACACUUCACGGUUAUGCUUGUUGUUGGUGCAGAGAUGCUUCACUCUGUGCCCUUGUGCCAGCUUUUGCACUGAACCCCUUGUGUCCCCAGGCUCUACUUUUUUUCACGUCACAAAUGACAAACAAGCAAGGGGCAUGAGAGGGGGUGCCUAGGUCCUGCUAAUGUAACCCUCUCUUCUAUGCAUAAUUGGCAGGCAUGGGAAGUGCUUGAUACAGAAACAAGUGCAACUGUUUACACUUCAUUCAGGGAGCGCAAACAGUUGCAACUGUAGCAGGCAGGUACAUUGUAAAAACUAACCUGGUAAUGUACGUUUGCACACAUCUAGUAACUCAUAGCAACCAAUCAGAUGUUUGUUUUCAAACAUCUGGCCAGUAAAUGUUACCUGUUGAUUGGUUACUAGACACGUAGUGCCUUUUAUUACACAACCCUAUUAAGUUUGCCCAGGUGCAAUAGGAACCGAUCAGCUGGUAGAAUAAAAUGGUCAACUGUUUAAAAGUAAACCUCCUAGUAAUUGCAAAGGGUUACUGCUAAUGGUAAACAUAAUACCUUUUACUACAUAUGGGGGUUAGUAUUUUAGGCUUGCUUAUUGCACUUUGCGCUUUGCCCCAUUUGUAAUGAUCCCUAAUAGACUCUUUUGUUGGAUCAAUUUACAAAGUGUUUAAUGUUCUCUGUCUAUUCAUAAUACAGGGUUUAACUAAAAUAAGUAAUUGUUGGAAAUCACAAUUCAUAUUUCACUGCAAAAAUAUUUAGAAACUUAGGGGCAAAUUUAUUAAGGUUCGAGUUGUGUUUUCCAUGAAAUUUCGAGUUGAUUUUUUUUGUGUUAAACAAAAACGCAAAUUUUUCAAGUUUUUUAAAAAAUCUAAUUUUUCUAGAUUUAUUAUCAAAUUUUUCUAGCUUGGAAAUACACCAUCCAAACCCUGUCGAGGUAAUGUAGGAGUCAAUGGCAGAGGUCCCUUGAACCGUUUGAAGAUGUACUGUAUAACCUGCAUGAUGUAAUUUGAGCGAUUUACAGAACUUUUUUUCGAUUUUUUUUUCAAUUCAAGUUUUUUCUUAAAUAAGAUACCAUUCAAGUUGUGAGUUCAAAACAUUUGAUAAAUAAUCCCCUUAGAAUAUGUUGUAUGAGUUUGAUGUUAAAUGAAAAACUUCACACACACAAAAUUGUAAUGUUUUGGGGAAGAUGUUAAAAAAAAAAAAUAAAAAUGCUUGGAAUAAAAAAAAAAAA